CCGCGGGGCUGAGGGAGCCGCGGCCGGUGCAGGAGAGCGGCGAGGGCCCCCCCCGGCCAUGCACUGCGAGCUCGCAGCGGGGCAGAAAGGCAGCUCGGGCCGCUUCGAGGUGACCGCUAAAUGCCAGGGAGCUCCUCCGAAGGACCAGCCGCGAGGGACUUGUCCCGGCGCCGGUAAAGCUCUCUUGAAUCCUCAGAUGUCCUUUAAGAGAACCGUCAGCAACAGCAGCGAGCGAGCGGAGCCUCAGCAGAGCCCCCCUGAAAUGUCAGCGCCUUUGCUAGACUUCGUCCCCAAAAGACCCAGCAUAUUCGAGAGGAUCCCGAUCCUGCCCAGGGCGCAGGAGCUGCGAUGCGCUAGAGGCUCCAAAGAUUAUUUCCAGCAGCAGAAACAUCAAAGCGUGAAGGUUAAUGGUGGCUACAAUCAUUGUAACUUGAUCUCUGAGAAGAAGAACAUGAUGGACAUGGAGAUGACAAGUAGCUCAGUACCUGUCUGCAGACAAGGACUAUUCAUCCACACAGGAAACCCACUCAUGCGAGACCACCCACUGUCCUGUGAGAGAUUGCUUCAUGUUGGUCAGCUGAACUUGACACACUCUGAUAUAAGGUCACCCAGGUUUCAAGACUCGGUAGAUUCUGCUGCUCCAUGCCAGAAUGGAAGUCACCCAGCUCAGCACAUUAAACAAGAAUGCCCCAGUGAUUAUAAGGUUCUGUCUGAGGCUUCCACGCAUAGAAGGAUUACGGAGGGGAUGGAGCUGAGAGCCUCUGGUAGCCUGCAUCCUGAAAUAGACCUAAUGAAUAAUAGCUUUACAAAUUCACUUUCUUCCUACUUGUUUAAUAAUGAACAUAGCUCCUCCCUGGGUCCGUUGUCACUUGGCACCCCUCAGCACUCAGCUAGGCUACAAACAAGCAACCUGAAGAAGAGAUGCAUCUCUGUUGUGCCGUCUUCAGCUGAAGGAAUUGACAUUACAGCUAUCAUCCGCACAUCACAGACGUCACUGGUCACCUGUGUGAAUGGACUGCGAACUAAUUCAGCUGGCAUUUCCUCUCAUCCCGUGGAGAUCAGUCAUCACAGUGCUCAAAAAUCCUCUCGGCCCCAGUCUUGCUCUCAGCCUGGAAACCCUUGCAGUAUUCCCUCCCCUCCAGCAUGUCUUGUACCUAUUUCCACUGAAUGUGACAGAGGUGACUGUGAGCAGAUACAAAUGCAGCAAGUCGAGGAGAAUGGAAGUCUCAGCCUUAUGAUGAAUGGUAGUAGCAUUCCUCAUCAAAACACCUCCCACAGCACUCAGAAGGUGAGUUUCUUAAAACAAGAACCAGCUGACGAUUAUUCCUCCGCUGCUGAUCUUUUCCGACAUCAUCAGGGGCUGCCUCCCCCUUACCACCUACACCAGCAGCUAAGCCAAACUCAAGGGACACUGCCUCACUUGCACGCCUCUAUGUCUCCGAAAUCCCUUCAGCCCAGCGAAGGGGAUGAACAGGACCUCGGCAAUGGCAAGCAGAUCUGUCGGUGGAUUGACUGCAGUGCCACUUAUGACCAACAAGACGAACUGGUCAGACACAUAGAAAAGACGCACAUUGACCAGCGGAAAGGAGAGGACUUCACUUGCUUUUGGGCAGGCUGUGUCCGCCGAUAUAAACCCUUCAAUGCUCGUUACAAACUGCUGAUUCAUAUGAGGGUUCAUUCUGGAGAAAAACCAAACAAGUGCAUGUUUGAAGGGUGCAACAAGGCAUUUUCUAGGCUUGAGAACCUUAAGAUUCACCUCCGGAGUCACACUGGGGAGAAGCCGUACCUGUGUCAGCACCCAGGCUGCCAGAAAGCUUUCAGCAACUCCAGCGACCGGGCAAAGCAUCAGCGAACACACCUGGAUACCAAACCGUACGCCUGUCAGAUUCCUGGCUGCUCCAAACGCUACACCGACCCCAGCUCGCUGCGCAAGCAUGUGAAAGCUCAUUCAGCCAAAGAACAACAGGUGCGUAAGAAGCUAAAUUCAUGUACUGAUAUCGAACAGGAUGUACUAAGUGAAUGCUUAGCUAUACAACAGCUCCACACAUCUUCACAACACAUUUUGGAUGGGAAAUGUGGUCGAUCUGUAGGUCAUCAUGAUUUAAUUACAGGCAUGUACAGUGGUUCCAGUGCUAACCAUAAUGGUCCCUCACCGGGUAUAUUGCCACCUCCUCACGACAUCCCUUCAAGACACCAUCCGCUUGACUCCACCCUCUCCAAUCCACAUCACCAUCAGUCACCGUUGGAAAGUGCCAGGGAAGGGCUUGCUCCCAACAUAAUCUCUCCGCUUGUCAGCCCCCUGAAAGCAUUAGUUCCACCUUCCCUAUUGCAGAAGCACGGCUCUCCAUCAUCACACAGCCAGUCACCGAAUGGGCAGCAGUUUUCUGGAAUACCAAAUAAACCAUAUGCUCAAUUUCAAAACCAGUCUGUACAGCAGGGAUCUCAAGGUUACCAAGGCAGCUUUCACUCAAUACAAAACUGUUUCCACUACGGAGACUGCUACAGAACAAUGGACCAGUCUGUCACCAGCGAUGUGCUAACAGGGGAAUCCCAUUGCUUCAAUCCUCUGAGACAGAAUGGCUAUCACAUACUCAAUGCACCUUUAGCUUCAACAGGCUAUGAGGCAAUCUCUGAAGCUCAGUGUGCGUCUGAAGACAUGGUGUCCAACGGAACUGACGAGAACGGAUUUUUCCAGAACAGCGCCUUUGAUCACUGCUUGAAUCACAUUCCUCCCAUCUAUACAGAUACCUAAGAGCAGUGCUGACCUUCCUUCCUUUAUUAUACCUAUAACUGUGUAUGUAAUAACAAAGGUGUUGCUCAAGUACUUUUAUUUAGUCUGUAUCCCUAUAUGUGCUCAUUUAAAUAAACACCUCACAUUUACCAAACCAUUUUAUACAUGAAUAGUCUGUAUAAGAUAAUAUUGGAACCUGUUCCUUUGCUGUGGCACUUUGAAAUUCAUGCUUUAAGGGAAUGAGGAGCAUUUCAAGCAGCUUGUUUUGUAAGUUCUCUCCAUAAAGUGUAAAUGUAAGUUAUAUAAUAAACUUGUAAAGAUUUUUUUUUCCUGAAAAGUAUGUUUCAGUUUGAGAAUGUUGGUCCCUUUAACCAGUUUUCAAUUAACUCAUUGGUCAAUUCUUUUCUCUUCUUCUUUUUUUUUUUUAACUAAAAGGAUUUUUUUUUUAAUCACAGACCUCAUGUAUAUAAAAAUCUUUUGCUCGCUGGUUUUAUAUUUUCAGUUUUACAAGAAAGCAUUAAAAAC